GUCAAAAAGUACUUCCGGAUCCGAUUCCUUAACCAAUUUUAAUAAAUAAAUCUUCAAAAUGUCGGUACAGUCAUUUGUAAACAAAAGAAAAAAGACCUUUAUUGGUCUUGCAGCUCCUCUUGGUUAUGUUCCAGGUCUUGGAAGAGGGUGAGAUAAAUUAAAGAAUGUGUUUAAAUGAAUGAAUCUGUAUUUUCUAAUAAAUAUGUCUGUAAAUUAGUGUGAAUGUUCGAUUUUUUUUUCUGUGUCGUCGUAUUGAGUAUUGUGUGAGUGUGGCCGUGGCGGAGAAUGCACAGUGCAGCACAGCACACACUGACACAGUAGAGUGAGUAGUGGCAGUAUUAUUAUUAUAUAACCAGAUAUUGAAAAGAUGUGUGCUGUGACUUACUCUUCUGUCUUCUUACUGAUCAUCAGUUACUUGAGUCAUGACAUGAGUAUGAUGAGUGUGACUCUGUCUACUUACUACUUGGACUUGAAACUACUGUUACUGUUACUUCUUACUAGUAACUUGUGUAACUAAAAAAAUUGUUAGUGCCCUGUUAGUGUGUACUUGAUUUUAAGCUGAGGAAUGUGACUAUCCGUAUCUGCAGUUUCUAACAUUACUAGAUCUAACAGUGUUAUACCACUUCACCAUCAGAGUUUCAAAAGUCAAAAAUAGGCCGGUGACAGUGGAGAAAGGGAUACUGGGUUUUCACUGGUUCAGUGACAUAGAAAGUGGGAGUGGGUACUUUUUUCUUGUUGUGCCAGACCAACCUCCAUUUAGGUAAUCAACAAAACUUUGUUGGUUCAAAUGUUGGGUGAAAGGACACGAGUCAUGCCACCAAGUAUAAAAAAAACUCAUGUCUGCUAAAUUCCUAAAACUAAACCUAACCCUAAAAAUAUCCCUAAAUCUAACACUAAACAAAAAUACAUGUGCGGCUACAGUUACACACUGACACUGUGGCAAGAAAACUGUAAAAAUUAAGAAAAACAAUACAAAAUAAUUGUAAAGGACAUAGCUUUUAGGUUUAAAUAUUUAUCAAUGAGUGUGUACAAUUUGUGUAUGUGUGUGUGUGUGUUUCGGGGCGGAUGAGUGGGGGUGGGCAGGCAGGCACUAAGUUUAAUGGCUAAUGGUGAAUUUGCGCAGAUAAAGACUUAGCAUUCAGGUUUGGUAGAGUUGUAGAUUUUAGGUUAGAUGUUUUUUGUCAAAAGCUUAUUUAAUUAAAUUUGCAUGUUUUCUUUUGCUAAUUUGUGACUUUUUUUUCUUCUUUAAAUUUGUUUUGAUUUUUUCACUCUUUCCAAUUAAUUAUUACAUGUCAUAGAAACAAAGAUGGCAGCCAUAUGAACAAAAAGUAGUGCAAAAACACGGAUCACUGGGAAACGUCAAGCGUACAUUUACCAGUUUUAGUGUGUAGCAUUGCUACAUGGUCUACACUUAACACUAAUUGACAAGACAGUUUUGGACUGUUAGAUUGCAUUUUUUGUGAUCUACACUGCUGUAACUUAAUAAAAUUAUAUUUUGAGUGCUGUCCCUGAGUUUUUAGGUCUGUUUUUAGGCAAUUUUAUUUAAUCUCAAGUCCACUCGGUCCUAGAUAGGUCAGAUUACAGCUGCCGUAGCAAAAGGUUAAGAAAGGAGUUCUGUUUGGGUGCCGGGAAAAAAAAUACCAAAGAUUUAAGAGAUGGUUAAAUCUAUAGUCAUUGGAGGUGCAGGUAGAUUGCAACUUAAUUUGUUAUAAGAAUGGCUUUUUAACUUUUAAUAUUUUACAUUUGACAGAGCUACAGGGUUUACAACACGAUCUGAUAUUGGCCCAGCCCGAGAUGCAGAUGACAUUCCGUAAGUAAUGCAACUUUAAUAAAGAAUAAAUCCAUUUAUAUUUUUUACUCUUAAUAAUUGCAGCCCAGUCUAUCACGUUAUAUAGCACUUAGAUUAGUUUUAUUAAUGAUUAUAAACACUAUUUAUUUCCCUUUACUUUUCUAAAAUAUUAACAUUUUGCUGAAAAUUUUCCAUUUGCAGGGAAGACAGACAUGCUCCCCCAAAUAAGAAAAAUAAACAAGACAAAGAAGAAGAUGAUGAGGAUCUCAAUGACGCCAACUACGAUGAGGUUAGGCUUGUUGUCAUUUUAUUCAAUCAUUUUACUUAUUUCAGACUUUUACUUUGCAAGUGCUAUUCAUUAAAAAAAAUACAUUGCUAAAAAUAUAAAGUUAAUGUAAUUGCAUGUAAGCUUCUUACAAAGUUCUCUCUGCCAGAAAAGUCAUUACGCUAUUUUUGACAUGCCUGUUCUGCCUCAAUGUGCUAAUUAAGCCAGUUGUUCCAAAACUGACUUAGUAUUAAUGUAGCUAUAUAUUUUUAAGCAAAAUAGCAAGAACAAAAAUAAAUUUGUGGCUUUUUAAAAAAUCUUACUCUACUGCUGAUAUUCAGUCUAAAACAUUUAAUUACAUCUUAGUAUUUCCUAACAGUUCGAUCUACCUUUAUAUACUUAAUCUUAUCAGCUGAAACAUUAAAAUGUUAUUCUAGUUCUCAGGCUACGGUGGCAGUUUGUGUAGCAAGGAUCCUUAUGACAAGGAUGAUGAAGAAGCGGAUGCUAUCUAUGAAGCUGUGGACAAAAGAAUGGAUGAGAAGCGCAAAGAGAGGCGAGAGGAAAAGCUGAAAUUGGACAUUGAGAAAUUUCGUCAGGAGCGGCCUAAAAUUCAGCAACAGUUUUCUGACCUGAAAGUAUGUUGUGUUGUGUGCUUUCUUAUCUUUGUCAUGUGUUGUCAUGUAAUUGCAUGUAAGUUUGCACUGGAUUAGUUUUAUAUUUUAUUGUGCUCUGAUAUGUUUGAAUUAAGCUAUAUGAAAAUAGAAUUAAACUACAUGAAAAUAUUAAUGUCUUAAAUCAAAUAUAUUUUUGCUAUUAUCCAUAGCUGUUUUUUGGACUGCAUUAUUCUCUUGCAUAAACAAAAUGAAAGCCUUUAAAUAAAAAAAGCCUCUUAACAGUAAUCUUAAAGGCACAUAUUCUGUAACAAAUACUAAAUAAAAUAUUCUUAUGCUGUUUACCAUUAAAAUUUAUGUUAUAUUAUGCAGAGAGACUUGGCAAGUGUAACAGUUGAUGACUGGAAUAAUCUUCCAGAGGUUGGAGAUGCCAGAAACAGGAAACAGCGAGUGGGAAGAAUGGAAAAGUACUGUAAUAUUUGUUUUAAAAAAUGAAUUAAACGUGUUAUUUUGUUUGUUUAAAGUUUGGCAUGAUCAAGUAUCAAACAGAAUUAAUUUAAUAUGUAUACAUUUUCUAAUUUUUACACUGUAUUUGCACUUCAUCUCGAAAGUAAAAGCUAUCUUUUUUUUUUCCCCCAAAUUUAUUUUGAAAGCUCAACACUUUUAAAGAUCAGUAGUGCGUUAGUAUCAGGGUUUGGCAACCUUAUGCACCAGUUACUUAACAGAUUACAAUAUCAUUUGGUCUUUUGACUAGUUAGUGGCGUAAAUGGUACUAUCAUGCCAUUGCUUUUAACUCUCAGAUUUACACCAGUACCUGAUAGCGUCCUUGCUAGAGCAGCUUCUCAGAACAGCAUGAACUCAACACUGUCGGAGCAGGAUCAGGUUGGCCAUGAAAUAAGCUUGCAGAUGAAUAAAUUUAAACCUUAGAUUUAUCACUUAACUAAUAAUUUCAAAAGCCCAGGAUGAAUUUAUCCAUCUAAUUGAUUUUGCUAGGCAAAUGUUCAUUUAAGGAGGUGGUGGUGGUAGGGAUUUAUUUUCUGGUGUUUUAGAAAGAUUUUAAAAGGUGAAUGUUUGUUGUUGUUUCUUUUCUAAUGAAGAAGUAUGGUGGCAUAACAACGCCAUUUGGGGCCAUUACACCUUUAGGAUCUGCCACCCCAAGUGCUGACAUUGACAUGAAGAAAAUCGGUCAAGCUCGAAAUACACUAAUGGACAUCAAGUUGACCCAGGUAAGUAACCCAUCCAAUGAGAUUUACAUUGCUUUAUUAUUCUAUAGUUCAUAUCAUUUCAUUUACUAUUUUAAAAAAUCUUAUUCUUAUUUACUCACUGUGAGCAUGUAACUAGCCUAUGUCUGACUCUAUAAAUUCUUUCCCUAAUUCCAGGUGUCUGAUUCUGUCAGUGGCCAAACUGUAGUAGAUCCCAAAGGAUAUUUAACAGACUUACAGAGUAUGCUGCCGUCCCAUGGAGGGGAUAUCAAGUAGGUUGCAAAGUUCCCUGGAUUAAACAAAAAGCCAUCUAGGAGGUUUAAAUAUUAACUUUAACAGCUUAGCCAUUCAGUUCUGUGUAACCUGUCUUCUGUAUAUUUUAAUCAUUGACAUUUUAAUUUUAGUUAAAAGCAAAAACAAGCUUGAUGAAAUUAGUUCUUUUUAGACAUUUGUUUAUAAAUAUUAUUGCAUAUCAUUAACAAGAACCGUUGACAUCAUUGUUUUAUUUGACUUGUUUCCUCUAGUGAUGUCAAGAAAGCUCGUCUGCUGCUAAAGUCUGUGAGAGAGACUAAUCCCAAGCAUCCUCCAGGUUAGGAAAUGAAAUUUUCAUUGUCCGUAUAAGACUUUGAUGUUGUAAUCCGCAUUUUUAAUUGAAAAUUGGGGCAUGAGAAAUUGAAACCACUGUUUCGCAGGCUAACCAGGUAUUAAUAUGUCUAGUUUUUUUUAAAUGAGAUUAAACAAACCAAUGAUAUUAAAUACUUGAUUUGAAAGUGUAUCUGGUCUAUAUUAAUCAUAUCCAUCUACAUUUCAACCUGAAGUAUUUUGUUAUUUACAUCACAUCUCAACCCAUGAAGAGCAAAAACCAAGUAAAUGUGAUCCAAUCAUUAUCUGAAUGAGAGGCACCUAGUUUCUGUUAUUGUAAUAAGUUAAUAGGAACAAAGAUAUAAGGUAAGAUUCUAUAUUGAUCCAAAGAAAGGGAGAUGUUUUUUUUUUUACAUUGUACAUAUUCAUUUUCAGCACAUAAAUACAUCAUUUUAACCAAGGCAAUAUUUUACAAUCAAUACAAUUGAAACACAAGGUGUAUGAAAGCUUUUUUCUGCUGCUUUAUGACUUAUCUAAGAAAUUAAUCUAAAUCUGGUUAAAACUGUAAAAGCAGUUUGAUUAAUAAUCCAGAAAUUUUUAUUAUUUAUCCCCUGCAGCCUGGAUUGCCUCAGCACGUCUAGAGGAAGUUACAGGAAAAAUUCAAGCAGCCAGAAAUCUGAUCAUGAAAGGCUGUGAAGAAUGCCCCAAGAGUGAAGAUGUUUGGCUAGAGGCUGCACGUUUAAUGGUCAGUUUAUGAGCUUUAAACUGUUAUUAAAUUACGUAAUGCAAACAAAUGUACUCUUUCAUAGUUUAAAAAGAAAUUUCAAAAGCAGUUAAAAUUUUAUUUGUAAAUUAAUGAGAUUUUAGAAAGUACCCUUAAGCAUCUCUACUUAACUAAUUUUGUAGCUGUUGCAAUGGGAUCCUGACAAUAUUAUUUGAGUUUUAUUCGCUUAUUUUUUUAUAAAUAUGUGGCAAUUUCUAUUGUGAACUUACUAAAGCAAAUUUCUUAAAGGUCUCAUUGGAAAAAAGAUAUGUGAGAACCGCUCUGUAAUGAGUCAAAUUUUUAUUCACUCUAUGAUUUUAUGAUUACCUUCAUCUCAUCUUUAAAUUUUCGGUUCCUUCUGCCUUACAACAAAUUUAUUUGAUGUAUGUUUUGACAGCCGGGUGACCAAGCUAAAGCUGUUGUGGCCCAGGCAGUAAGACAACUUCCGCAGUCUGUACGAAUAUGGAGUAAGGCAGCUGACCUUGAAACAGAACUCAAGACUAAGAAAAGGGUGUUUAGAAAAGGUAAGCUCUAAUAGAGAUGAUUUGGUAAAUGUUAAAGUUUCUUAAAUUACAUUAACCCAUUCCCUGCAUUUGCAACUAUGUGCGUGGAAGGGGGGGGGGGCGGUCACGACAAAUGUUUUCCUGACACACCUCUCUCAUUUUUUAUGCAUAAUAGCAUACCUUGAGACUUUCGGGGAUGGUGUGAUUCUGUGAUUUUGAUAAAAAAAGUUUUUUUUAUCUUGUUUUACUUUCAAGUUCUGUGCACUUAGAUCUAGCACGUGUUAAUGUUAUAUUAUUCUUACAGUUAAAACUAAUUCAUUUCUGGAUCAUUUAUUCUUAAUUCUUUAAAAUUAGGUAAUACUUAGCAGCUAAAUUUUUUUUUUACAAUUAAUUUAAAGAGGAGCUAGCUAAAUUUUUGUUUACAAAUGUAAAAAGGAGCUACUUCCCUUUGUUCAGGAAUAUAAAUAAAGUAUGGAAGUAGCAACGCCUAAGGGUAUGAGUUAAGGUAAUUUCAUUUUACUGUCUUCAAUAGCUUUAUAAUGUAAUGGUCUUAUUGUUCUUUUAGAUUCAUGUGUUAAAAUGAAGACAGUUAAUUAAUGCUUAAUCCUUGAAAAUCAGCUUUAGAAAAUAUUCCCAACUCUGUGAGACUCUGGAAGCAAGCUGUUGAGCUUGAAGAUGAGGAGGAUGCCAGGAUCAUGCUUAGCCGUGCAGUUGAAUGUUGCCCAACCAGUGUUGAGGUAUGUCCAUUCUGUCUUCAUAUGCACUGAGCUCAAAUAAUGUAGGACUAGAGUAAAUCACAAGUCUGUGCUAAUAGAACUAUGGCACCAUCUUGCAAAAUUUUAUUUUUAUUCCUACAACACUAAAAAAAGUAGCAUUUUAAACAAAACAAUUAAAUUUGGUGAUAUCAGCGUUCCAGUGAUUCUUAAUUGAAUAACUGAGACAACUUUAAAAAAAAAUUUAUGUACCUUAAAGAUCUUUCUCUUUCUGUGCCCCCAAACAAUGAAAUUCUCUCCCAUUAUACAUCUGCAAUAUACCGACCAUCCAAACCUUUAAAACUGCACAAGACACAUCUCUUCAAACUCUACUAUUCCAACUAAUUCUCACCCCCCCCCCCCCCCCCACCCCCCCCCCCCCUCUGACUGAUAAAAAAUGCUCAAUGCUGCUGGGUGCCAUCCAUGGCUAGACGGGGGUAAAUAGUGCAGGGUGGGUGAGGUCAAUCUUUUUUACAAAGCUAUUUUUAAAAGAAUAAUUUUGUGUAACUGUUUUUAAUAUCAUGUUUCUUUUUUUUCUUUUUGCUAAUUUUUAUGUGAAACGUGGUUAGCCUUGCCUAGGCUGGGGUAUUGCACUAUACAAGACCACUUUAAUAAUAAUAAAGAUAUUUCCAAAGGACAUUUCAAAUAACAGAUAUUCACAAAAUCAAACCCUUUAAUUUUUUCAAUAAGUUAAAUAAAAUCAUUAAAUAAGUUGAUUUCUUUAUUCAGCUUUGGCUAGCUUUGGCUCGUUUGGAGAGUUAUGAAAAUGCCAGAAAGGUUUUGAACAAAGCCCGUGAAAGCAUCCCAACGGACAGACAAGUGUGGAUUACUGCAGCUAAACUAGAGGAGGCUAAUGGAAACUCUCACAUGGUAGAGAAGAUUAUAGAGAGAGGUAAUUUAAUAGCUAUUAAUUUUUUCUAAUAAUUUUUUUUUCUUCUAAGAGUCAUUUCCCAAAGUUGGCUGUAUGUUAGCUUAGGUUGUAGAUUCAACUAUGCAAUGAGUAUAAUAAGUUCACUAUCAUUGUACAUUUUUCAAAAGUACAAAAAUUCAUUUGCAAACAUAAUCAAAAUAGGCAUCUGCAAUAUUUAAAAACAUAAUAAUUUAUAUAAAUAUAAGUUUGAAGUUCUGCUAAAUUUUGGUUUCUUCAUGUCGUAAUUUUUGUCCAGCUCUCAACUCUCUUCGAGCUAACAUGGUGGAAAUCAACAGAGAGCAUUGGAUCAAAGAUGCAGAGGACUGUGAGAAGAGUGGUAGCAUACAUACAUGUCAGGCAAUCAUGUGAGUUUUAGCUGUGUCAGUUGGGGCAGCUAGGAGGACAACAGUAAAUAGUGCAGUUGGUGGGUGGGGAGGAUGAGAAUGGCAGUAACUAGGGCAGCUGUAAAACACAACAAAAUAUUUUGGGGGGGUGAAGGGUUCAGAUUUGGGUGCAAAUAAAAUUCAUUGUCAUAUAACUGAAAAACAACUGCCUGAAAAAACAAUGUCAGAAGCAAGAUGGUAAAUACUAGGUUAAUAUAAAUAAAGCAACUUCUUAAAAUAGAAAGCAAUUUAUUAUCUAGAGCAGGGAUGGGCAAAAAUUGUGUUUGUAGGGCCACAUUGACAAAUGAAAAUUAUUGGAGGGCCGCUUAGAUAUUUUGCCAUAUUGGCAUUACAUUGCGAAGGUUAAGGACUGUUUACAAAAAUAGAAAAUUGGAAAGAAAUUUUAUAACAAAUGUUAAAACAAUCAUAACGGUACAUGAAAUUCUGUAAAAUUCAACGACAUAACUUAAAAAACUAAGCAUUUUUUUUUAUUUUUCUAAAUGCCCUCUGGGGCCUCAUAAAAUCAGUUGCCGGGCCGCAUGUGCCUGCAGGCUGUAGUUUGCCCACCCCUGUUCUAGAGGCAAUCAGAUGAAGCCAGUGUUAAUUGAAGAAAUGUAUAUAUAUCAUCCUCCACAAUGGCUUAUUUUGUAGCUUACAUAUUUUUUUUUAAAAUGUCAUAACACAUUAUAAAUUGAGAUUAAAAUAUUGGCAAAUGAGAUUUUACAAUUAAAAAAAGACACCAAAAAAUCAUUUUUGAUACUUCCGGUACCUUAAAAUGUCUGAACUGAAGUGUUAUGCAGGAAAUGUUUAAAUUUAACAACUCUUAGUGAACUUUUUCUUUCAGAAUUGUCUGAACAAUAUACUGAGAAAAUAAAACUAAAUAAUAGAUACUAUAGCCCAGAAAUUUGAAUUUGUUGAUGAUUUUGAGACUAUAACAAGACCAGCCAAUGGUACGGAACCCUCAAGGAACAAGAGGACAAGAAGACCCAAAAACAGCUCGACAAGAGAGGUCGACAAAGAUUUCAAUAAGAUUAGAAAGAGAUGGAAUGACUUAAAGAAGAUACCAAGGGACUGGAAAGGCUUGGAAAGAAAUUUGUUAAUGGCCUAUGCUCCAUUGGGAGUUGAACAUGCAAAGAAGAAGGAGGAGGAGAACACAAGAUAUGCAGCAGUCGACCAUUCCUGAUAUGUGUAAAUCUUAAUCUGUUUCAUUUGCAGUAAAAUUGUGAGUUUCAAAUUUAUGACAUUUUUUAUUUCUCUUAUUAUUUGCCAGCCGUGCUGUAAUUAGUGUUGGUAUUGAAGAAGAAGACAGAAAACACACUUGGAUGGAAGAUGCUGACUCAGUGAGUAAUAUAGACAUUCUAGUGCUGGUUCAGUAGUUUAGACAUUCUAGUUCUGACUCAUUGAGUAAUAUAGAUAUACUCGUGGUCAGGUAUUUGUUAAAAAAUGUAACAUCUGAUAUUAUAAGUGAAAUUAAAUAUGGAUAUUAAAGGAGCUCAUGGAAUUUUUUUUCUAAAAAAACAAGUAUGAAAAUUCAUUGUUUAGGACUUUUAAUAUUUUAGUUGGCAACAAUCAAGUGUGUUGAAAAGGGGGCAAUUUUUUGUUUAUAUUGCAGCAUUAUCAGCCAACUGCAUAUAUAUGUAUAUUUUUUUUUUAGGGUUUCUGCAAAACUCUUCUCCUGUCCUGGGAGGCGCUAUCCCUAGCCACAUCACUGGCAACAGUUACUGCAGUAAAGAAUCUGGGAGGCGCCAUCCCUAGCCACAUCACUGGCAACAGUUACUGUAGUAAAGAAUCUGGGAGGCGCCAUCCCUAGCCACAUCACUGGCAACAGUUACUGCAGUAAAGAAUCUGGGAGGCGCUAUCCCUAGCCACAUCACUGGCAACAGUUACUGCAGUAAAGAAUCUGGGAGGCGCCAUCCCUAGCCACAUCACUGGCAACAGUUACUGCAGUAAAGAAUCUGGGAGGCGCCAUCCCUAGCCACAUCACUGGCAACAGUUACUGCAGUACAGAAUCUGGGAGGCACCAUCCCUAGCCACAUCAUUGGCAACAGUUACUCUGAGUUACUGCAAUACAGAAUCUAUCUGCAAAAAAUAAAUUAGAACCUGUGCUGCCGUUUUAUCAGUUUUAUGGGUUAUCUUAUAAUUAACGUGUUUGUUGCAUUUAACACACAUCAAAAGCAUGUAAUAUUUAUUUCAGUGUGCGUCUCAUCAAGCGUAUGAGUGUGCAAGAGCCAUUUAUGCCUAUGCUCUGUCAGAGUUCCCAAGCAAAAAGAGCAUCUGGCUGAGGGCAGCGUAUUUUGAAAAAAAUCACGGCUCAAGGUAUUAAUGUCACUAUUAGUUGAACGUCUUUUAAAGCCUUAGAUUGCCUUAUUUAGUUUCCUAUUUAACUUUUUUUUAAAAUUUGACUUUUAUCCACAGGCUUAACUCAUUUAAAAAAAGAAUUAUUACUUAAUACCAAAUGCACGCAUGCCCUGCAGUUAGUCUGUUUUUGCACAGUUGAAGAUCUGUAUAAUACACAUGAUUAAAUUACGUCAAGACUUUUAAGGAGGGGAAGUUAAUGGUUUUAAUCUUUUUGUGGUGUCAUGUUACGCAAAGAAAUGAUAUUUUUUGUGACCAAAACUAUAGUUAAGUAAUGUGGACAACCCCAAAUAAAAUACAUUUGUAAAUGAAAUUAAAUUAUAAUUUUGAAAUGGCAGCUAAUGUGAAACUUUUUAUGUUUUUAAUGUAGUCUUAGUUUAGUUUUCCAUUAUCAGUACAUCAGAUCCAACCUUGCAUGGUGAUUUGCAUUAUAUAAAAAUGAUACAAUUAUGUCAACCAUCUAAUCAGAAAAAUGUUUUCACAUUUUUUUUAGAGAAUCUUUGGAAGCCUUAUUACAGAGAGCAGUGGCCCAUUGUCCUAAAGCCGAGGUUCUCUGGUUAAUGGGGGCUAAGUCCAAAUGGUUAGCUGGAGAUGUGCCGGCAGCCAGAAGCAUUCUUGCCCUAGCCUUCCAAGCAAACCCAAACAGUGAAGAGAUCUGGCUCGCUGCCGUCAAGCUGGAGAGUGAGAACAAUGAGUUUGAGAGGGCCCGGAGGCUCCUUCAGAAGGCCAGGGCGUCUGCCCCCACGGCCAGGGUUUUCAUGAAAUCUGUCAAGCUGGAAUGGUGUCUCGGGGAGAUAAGGAACGCAGAAAUCCUGUUGGAGGAAGCUGUCAAACAUUACCCAGACUUUGCCAAGCUGUGGAUGAUGAAAGGUCAAAUAGAAGAGGAGGCUGGUAAGAGGGACGCAGCACGAGAUGCCUACAACCAAGGUUUGAAGAAAUGUCCCCAGGCUGUUCCACUUUGGCUGCUCUUGUCGAAGCUCGAGGAGUCCAACGGGCAGCUCACCAGGGCGCGUUCUAUUCUGGAAAAAGCCAGGCUGAAAAACCCGCACACAGAUUUACUCUGGCUGGAAGCUGUUAAAGUAGAAACAAGAGGUGGAUUGAAAAACAUUGCACACACCCUCAUGGCUAAAGGUAAGUGCUUCUGAUGUUGUCACUCAAAACAUUUGGGUUGGGCCGGUUUUUUACAAAUGGGAAAUUUGUUGUUUAAAAUCUUAUCAUAAAAAUGGAAAGAUUUAACUUUUUAAUCUCUCCAUUUCAGCCCUACAAGAAUGUCCGAACUCGGGCAUAUUAUGGGCAGAGUCCAUUUUCAUGGAGGCAAGGCCCCAGAGGAAGACAAAAUGUGUUGAUGCCCUGAAGAAGUGUGAACACAAUCCUCAUGUGCUCUUGGCUGCUUCUAAGUAAGUUGAUCUACCAGCCACUGUCAUAAUUUCAUGAGCUAAUCACUUUAUGACAUCAACAGUUGUUCUGACAUGCAGCUAGAUCUUUGAUGCAGGGAAACACCUUUUUUUUUAAUGAAUAACUUAUUUCCUUUCAGAAUAAAUUUUGAAAAUGAUUAUCUCCCCUUAUCUGGACCAAUUUGCUCAUUUGCCUAUUUUUUGGAAUGGAACUGUGAUUAAUCUGUUGUAAAAUAAAAUUAGUUUCAAGAUUAUAAAUUAUUUACAUAGUUCAUAAGUUACAGUUUUUUGAUUUUGUUACUGAAUCAUUUAAAAACAUUUUCAAAACAUGCUACUACAAGACUGAAUAACUUUAACUAUUUUUGAGUGGCUCACUAAAAGAACAAUAUAUAAUUAUAAGACUGGCCUUAUAAAUUUGCAUCCACUUGAACAGAAACUUGACACUAAUAAGAGAGAAUGUUUAACAUGUCUUAGAUUAACCAAUAUCAGGUGACUUUUUGUGUGUUUUUUUCACAGAUUAUUUUGGUGUGAGCGCAAGAUCAGCAAGGCUCGUGAUUGGUUUAAUCGCACUGUUAAAAUAGACCCUGAUCUUGGAGAUGCCUGGGCUUAUUUCUACAAAUUUGAGUUAGCUCACGGGGAAGAGGUAACUGGGAAAUAUACUUUACAUUAGAGUAUAUUUAUUUUUUAAAUUUCAGUCUGCCUCCUAUGGUGUGUGUUCUUGAAUCUCUUGGUGGACACCUUUCAUUUUGGUGACAUUCAUCACACACCCCACCCCUUCAAAAAAAAUUUUUUUUUAUCAUUUGGUUUUCUUUGCUGUACCCCCAAAAAUACUGUAUUGAUCUUAUCCCAGUUCAAGGACUGCUUAAUUAUUUGAAUUAUUGAAUAAUAUGAAAAAAUUAUAAAAAAAUAAUAGACUUAAUGAUCAGCAAAAAUGUCUAAGAUAACUAAAUGCACCUUUGCAAAUAUAAAACUCCCCAGAAACACCAGGAAGAAGUCAAGCAGAGGUGUAUAUCGGCAGAACCUCAUCAUGGAGAAAACUGGUGUCGAGUUUCAAAAGACAUUCAAAACUGGCGCCUGAAGACGGAAGAGGUGCUGCCUUUGGUGUCUAAAAUACUUACCGUCCCUACAUAGAAAAAAAACCAAGUUAUUUUUAUUCUUGUCGUCUUGAAAAAAAAUCGGAUGCCCAGUAAAAAGAGUGCUCAGUGGACCAUGUCUUAACAUUGUCCUUGUGUUCAACCAUAGAGUUUAAACAUUAUUCACUCAAACUAAGGGGCACAUCCACCUAGAAAAGUUAAAAUAAGCUAGCUAUUCAAUCUUGUAGGUUUUUAAAAAAAAAUCUAUUGGUAACAAUAAAUCCAUAAUAUCAUUAAUUAAGAUAAGGCAGAAUCCAAAAGGUUCUUUGUUCGAUGUUAAAAUUUUCAUUCAAUUUUUGUUACUUCAUAUCUUAGCUGUAGUUUUGUUAACUUAAAAAAAAACAAAAAAACUUGUCACUCCCUACGAUUUACAGUGAAGAAUAUUAUCUCAGCUUAUUAAAUAAUUACAAAUGUUUUAUUAUUUGUGUAGGCAGAUGUUAUAAAUGAAGUGCAGUUCCAAACAAAUAUUAUUCUUUUACAAUACAGGUGAAAAAAAAAUACUGUUUUUUUUUUAAAUUGUUGUAUUGAAAACUUGUAAAGAAAAAAAAUAAAUAAAAUGGAAUUGAUACUUUAAAAGUAUUUUUUUCUGCUC